GCCUUGUCUUACCUGGAAAGAAAGAAUGAAUCUACUUUGUCAGUCCAGUGGUCGCUUGCUGGCCAAGCAUGCCAUUCCCCGUCGCUCCAUUCGUAACUACAGCACAGAAGUUACGGAAUCGGUAAAAAAAGAAACAAAAGGAGGAUUUAGUAGUGGAUUAACUGGAUUUCUGGUGGGUGUAUCUAUUACUGGUGCAAUUGGAUAUUAUUAUUUGCUGGAAGAGUACACGGCUGCUUCCAAUAGCUUGCUGAAAUCUGUAGAACAGCUGGAGACAACAACCAAAAAAGUAAGGGACUAUGCACACAAGAUCGAGUCUGUUGAGAAGGAUGUCAAUCGGUUAAAAGAGACAGUGGCUACAGUACAGCAGCUUUCUGAAUUGAAGUCUGAAAUACGCAGAGUAUAUGAUACUUUAAAUAUCGACCAUCUUGAACUGAAGACCCAUGUAUGGGGAUUAGAACAAGACUUGAAAAAAUCAAAAUAACCUGGCUACCUGCUAGAUUUUCUUUUUUAUUCAGAUAACAAAUAAACACCUUUAGUUAUGAUAGUAAAUGUGUCCAAAUCAAAGGUAAAUGGUGCUAUUAUUCUCAAAAGAGAAAAAUAAAUUUGCUGGCAUGGCAAUAUGUUAUUUCUUUGUUUUGAGAUGUACCAGGUUUGGUCAUUUGAUGUGCAUAAAAUUUACUAUUUUGCCACCAGGGUAUU